AUGAUCAAGUCCACGCUGAUCUUCAGAGACGACGGGCUGCCGCUCUGCUCGUCCGUCGACGACGACACGGACCCCUCGCUUGCAGACCAGAAGAAGAAGGUCAAGGUGCUCAUAUCGCGCUUCACGCCGCAGUCCGCCAACGAGGCCACACUGGAGUCUGGCGCGUACGAGAUGCACUACGUGCGCCAGCAGUCUGUUGUGUACAUUGUCAUUGUCGAGCGCGGCUACCCCCGCAACCUCGCCUUUGCAUACCUGGCCGACGUGCGCCACGAGUUCGAGCACAGCUACGGCAACGAGUACGUCAAGCCCUCCGUGCGGCCCUACGCAUUUGUCUCGUUCGACAACUUCCUGCAGAAAACCAAGAAGAUCUACAACGACAAGCGCGUCCAGGGCAACCUCGACCAGCUCAACUCCGACCUACUGGGCGUCAAGCAGAUCAUGACCAAAAACAUUGAGGACCUGUUGUACCGCGGCGACUCGCUCGACCGCAUGAGCGAUCUCAGCGCCUCGCUCAGGCAGGACUCCAAGAAGUACCGCCGCUCCGCUCAGAAGAUCAAUUUCGAUCUCCUGCUGAGUCAGUACGCCCCGGUCGCCCUCAUUGGCCUGUUCUUCCUGUUUCUGGUCUGGUGGCUGGUCUUCCGCUGA